UACCCCACACACUCCCAACAAGUAAGACACACUGUUCAUUCUCAUAUACUAUUAUCUUUCUCGUUCUCAUACUAACUUAAUCGUCGGAGUGAUACCAGGGGAGAAGCCCCGCCAUCCACUUCGGCCACGAGGAUACACCUCACCUCAACCCAGAGAGGUCUGAUUUAGGUCGGUCCAACUACCCGCCAAAAAUCGCCUCUUCAUCUUCCAUUUUCCAAGAAAACAUCAAAUUUAAGGCAGCAAGCUGGUGAAGUUGUUUUCUAUUGCGGGGAGAGAAGAAGACGAGUGGGUUUUCUACUAUCCUUAGUAGGAGGAUAUGGCACAGGACGAUGUUAAUUGCUGUGAGUCGAAGUUUUUUCUGUUCUUAGCAAUAAUUGUGGGAUUGGUGCUAUUUGCUGGGCUCAUGGCUGGUCUCACCCUUGGCCUUAUGUCACUGGGACUCGUCGACCUCGAAGUUCUUAGUAAAUCUGGACGCCCCCAAGAUCGUAUCCACGCCUGUCUGUGUUUCUUCUAUUCCUCUGCAUCCUAGUGUCUGUGUGAACUAAAUGCUAAAAUACUUCCAGUGGUAAAAAAUCAACACCUAUUGCUUUGUACUCUCUUGAUCGGCAACUCUUUAGCUAUGGAGUCUCUUCCUAUUUUGUUGGACAAGCUUGUGCCUCCAUGGGCAGCAAUUCUAAUAUCUGUAACACUCAUCCUCAUGUUUGGAGAGAUACUUCCUCAAGCAAUCUGCACUCGUUAUGGAUUGACUGUUGGGGCAACAGUGGCACCCUUUGUCCAUCUUCUUCUGUGGAUAUUCUUCCCUGUUGCUUAUCCAAUCAGUAAGGUACUGGACCGGAUGUUGGGGAAAGGGCAUGCUGCCCUUUUACGCAGAGCAGAGCUUAAAACAUUUGUGGAUUUUCAUGAAAAAGAGGCUGGAAAAGGUGGUGAUUUGACACAUGAUGAGACAACAAUAAUUGCUGGGGCGCUUGAAUUGACUCAGAAGACCGCAAGAGAUGCCAUGACCCCCAUAUCAAAGGCAUUUUCUCUUGAUCUGGAUGGAACACUCAAUUUGGAGACACUUAAUGCUAUAAUGACUAUGGGCCAUAGUAGAGUUCCUGUUUAUUACAAAGAUCCGACUAAUAUUAUUGGUCUUAUAUUGGUAAAAAAUCUUUUAGCUGUUGACCCAGAAGAUUCAGUUCCUUUGAGGAAAAUGACAAUCAGAAAAAUUCCUCGGGUUGCAGAAAACAUGCCUCUAUACGAUAUAUUGAAUGAGUUUCAGCAGGGCCACAGCCACAUUGCCGUUGUGUAUGAAGAUCUCAACAAGACAAAAGAGACGCCAAAGAAAACUAAAGAUCCUGACACUGCUGCAGUUAAAUCUGACUCAGUUGAUGCUUCCUUGAGCAAGGGAGGUGCAGAUCAAGCGAAGAAGAAAAGUCCUCCUCCUACUCCUGCUUUUAAGAAGAGACACAGGGGUUGUUCAUUUUGCAUUUUGGAUUUGGAAAAUACUCCAAUCCCUGAGUUCCCACCCAAUCAUGCGGUGCUAGGUGUAAUUACCAUGGAAGAUGUCAUCGAGGAGCUUCUUCAGGAGGAGAUAUUGGAUGAAACUGACGAGUAUGUAAACAUUCACAACAGGAUUAAGAUUAAUAUGAAUGCGUCGCAGGAAAAGCUUCCCGAAUUAAAUGCUAUAGAGUCUUCUCGUUCACAUACUGCCUCAGAGGUUCCUGGUCCUCACAGCGAUCAGCCGGUCUAUGCCAGAACUUCACGAUAACAGGCCCUCCAGUUACCACACUGUACCACUGUUAAAGUGUUCAAGAGAGCUUCGUUUAGCCGUCCUCAUUGUUCACUGUACAAUCGUUAGGCUUUGCGUCUGAUACUCCAAGGGAUCAAUUGUAUCAUAUUGUUGUAACUUACAAACAAAUGUUAUACUUCUACUUCUGAAAAAAGCAAUAUAUUUCAUCAUAGAAGUUUGAUCAAAUUUGGACAUAAGAAGAGUGCGAGCUGUGUAUUCCACCGCCCAGUUUACUUUUUCCCAUAUGUUGUGGAAAAUUACAUAUCUAGAUAAUGAAUUAAGUCCUUUAGGUUGUGAUAAGGAUUUUCUUCUGUUAUUGGUGAGUUAAAGAUUUGUGG